AUGUCCAAGAUCGCAUCUACCUUUUCACGCCUGGUGCGCUUCGUGCCCAAGUCGAAUCCCUCCCAGGUUCUUAUCGGCGAGCCCGUCGAUUCGCAGCUGGAUGUGGGCCUUGCCCUGUAUCAUGGCAAGGAUGUCGCCGUGCGCCCAUUCUCUGGCAACUCGGUCCUGAACCCAGGACAGGCGACGGAUGCCACGGAAACGAUUGCGCGCGUUCUGUCGCCGCUGGCGCAGAGCGAGGUCGGCUCAAUCCGGUGCAUUGGACUGAAUUACGUUUCGCAUGCCAAGGAGAUGUCCCUCGAUCUCCCGGAUGUUCCCACGCUCUUCAUGAAGCCCUCCACUGCGCUGGCGGAUCCCUGGCCAGCCCCGACGGUGCUGCCCAAGAUCACCCAGAAGGAUAGUACCGGUGAUUAUGAGUCCGAGAUGGUGAUCGUCAUCGGUCGCGAUGCCAAGGACGUGCCGGAAUCCGAGGCUCUUGACUACGUUCUUGGUUACACGGCUGCCAACGAUGUCUCUAGCCGCACCUCGCAGAUGAACCAGAGCCAGUGGUCGUUCUCCAAGGGCUUUGAUGGAGCCUGUCCCAUUGGCCCUGUCUUGGUGUCCGCUGCCCUCAUCCCGGACGCCAGCAAGUUCCACAUCCGCGGCCUGAAGAGCGGCCGUGUGAUGCAGGACUGCGAUCUGACCGACCUGAUCUUCUCUGUCCCGCAACUAAUCAGCUUCCUCAGCCAGGGUACCACCCUUCCUGCUGGCACCAUCAUCUUGACGGGCACCCCGCCGGGCGUUGGCGCAGCCAAGAACCCCAAGGAGUUCAUCAAGGCUGGUGAUGAGUUCGCCGUCGAGCUGCUUCCGCACGUUGGAACGCUCAUCAACAAAAUUGAGCACCAAUGA